CUGGUGGGGGCGGAGCCUUCGCUGCACUAGUCGAAAGCGGCACCCAGCGGACGCUAUUUUCGCGCCAAACUUGAGGGAAACCCUAGCGUGCAGGCUGUUUAGGAGCUGAUCGCCGCUUGUCAUGGUUCGAACGCUGAACUGCAUCGUCGCCGUGUCCCAGAAUAUGGGCAUCGGCAAGAACGGAGACCUGCCAUGGCCUCUGCUCAGGAACGAAUUCAAGUACUUCCAAAGAAUGACCACAACCUCCUCAGUGGAAGGUAAACAGAACCUGGUGAUUAUGGGCCGGAAAACCUGGUUCUCCAUUCCUGAGAAGAAUCGACCUUUAAAAGACAGAAUCAAUAUAGUUCUCAGCAGAGAGCUCAAGGAACCGCCACAAGGAGCUCAUUUUCUUGCCAAAAGUCUGGAUGAUGCCCUAAAACUUAUUGAACAACCAGAGUUAGCAAAUAAAGUAGACAUGGUUUGGAUAGUUGGAGGCAGUUCCGUUUACAAGGAAGCCAUGGAUCAGCCAGGCCAUCUCAGACUCUUCAUAACAAGGAUCAUGCAAGAAUUUGAAAGUGACACAUUCUUCCCAGAAAUCGAUUUGGGGAAAUAUAAGCUUCUCCCAGAAUACCCAGGGGUCCUUUCUGAAGUCCAGGAGGAAAAAGGCAUCAAGUAUAAGUUUGAAGUCUAUGAAAAGAAAGGCUAACAGAAAGAUGCUUGCUGGUUGACUUCAAGUUCUACUGCUUUCUUCCUAAAAUUAGCAUUUUUACGAGACCGUGGGACUUGUGUUGGCUCCAGAUCUGCGCACUUCUUCCUUGGGGG